ACCAACACAAUGACAGAUUAUUUUACUGAACAGUUAAUAAGAUAAGAAAUCUUAUUUAAGACAAGCAAAAAAUUUUCUAAAUUAUGUCAUAUCUCAUAUCAAUAACAAAUUUCGAGGAAGAGUCUAUUCAAAGUUUAGUUAUAUACACCUUGACGUAACAGAAGAAAUAUCAUACAAUAGGCCUACAUAGUAUUUAGCUACAAUCUUGAUUAUAGUUAGUUGCUUGUUUGAUAAGUUACACAGAGUCUGAAAGUGCAAAGUAAAAAAUGUCAAAGGUCAUUAAAAAUCAUUCUUUUAAGUGCCUAAUAUGUAAAAAAAUGUUUUCAAAUAAAUUGACAUUGAAAAAUCAUAUAUAUGUACAUACAGGUGAACGUCCCUUCAAAUGUUUUACAUGUGAGGAAACAUUUAUUAACCGAUAUGAAGUAAAGUGUCAUUUGUUGACCCAUAAUAAGUGUCCUUAUAAGUGCACCAUAUGUGGUAAAUCCUUCACAACCAAAAACUAUAUGAUGAAACAUACAUUGGCUCACACCGGAGAGGGACCUCAUAAGUGCACCAUAUGUGAAAAAUCCUUCACAACCAGUAGCAAUUUAAAGAAACAUACAUUGACUCACACCACAGAGCGAUCUUAUCAGUGCACUAUAUGUGAAAAAUCCUUCACAACCAAUUAUAAUAUGAAAAUUCAUACAUUGAUUCACACGGGAAAGAGACCUUAUAAGUGCACUAUUUGUGGAAAAUCCUUCAAAACCAAAAUCAGUAUGAGGAAACAUACAUUGGUUCACACGGAAGAGCGACCUCAUAAGUGUACUACAUGUGGAAAAUCCUUCAAAACCAGUACUAUAAUGAAGAAACACACAUUGGUGCACAUCAAAGAGCGACCUUAUAAUUGCAAUAUCUGUGGAAAAUCCUUCAAAACCAAAAAUAUAAUGAAAGGUCAUACAUUGGCUCACACCACAGAGCGAUCUUAUAAGUGCACUAUUUGUGGAAAAUCCUUCACAACCAAUUACUAUAUGAAAAUUCAUACGUUGAUUCACACGGGAAAGAGACCUCAUAAGUGCACUAUAUGUGGAAAUUCCUUCAAAACCAAUGAUGUAAUGAAGAAACACACGUUGGUUCAUUCCGAAGAGCGACCUUAUAAGUGCACUAUAUGUGGAAAAUCCUUCACAACCAAUAAUGUAAUGAAGAAACACACGUUGGUUCAUACCGAAGAGCGACCUUAUAAGUGCACUAUAUGUGGAAAAUCCUUCAAAACCAAAAUCAGUAUGAGGCAACAUACAUUAGUUCACACGGAAGAGCGACCUCAUAAGUGUACUAUAUGUGGAAAAUCCUUCAAAACCAGUACUAUAAUGAAGGGACACACAUUGGUUCACAUGGAAGAGCGACCUUAUAAGUGCACUAUAUGUGGAAAAUCCUUCAAAACCAGAACAAUAAUGAAGGGACACACAUUGAUUCACAUGAAAGAGCGACCUUAUAAGUGCACUAUAUGUGGAAAAUCCUUCAAAACAAGUACUAUAAUGAAGGGACACACAUUGGUUCACAUGGAAGAGCGACCUUAUAAGUGCACUAUAUGUGGAAAAUCCUUCAAAACCAAAAACCAUUUGAAGACACAUAUGUUAGUUCAUACCAGAGAACAUCUGUAAGUGCACUAUAUGUGGUAAAUCCUUCACAACCAAAAACUAUAUGAAAAGACAUACAUUGGUUCACAGCAGAGAGCGACCUCAUAAGUGCACUAUAUGUGGAAAAUCCUUCAAAACCAAAAACUAUUUGAAGACACAUACGUCAUACCAGAGAACAUCUGUAAAUGCAUUACAUAUGGGAAUUAUUUUUGCAUACCAAAGCUAUAUGAAGACACAUUCAUUAGUUCAAACAGGGAAGGGACCUCAUAUGUGUACUUCUGCUUGUGGUUGUGGAAAAUACUUUACAACCAAUACUUCACACAGGAUAGAGACCUCUUAAGAGUAUUGGUGUCUAGGGAAAAUUCCAUCAUCAUCACUCUUGUCCUCAUGUAAUAAUGAGGUGGUGCACAAAAGCAUAGCAGCAAUAAUCAUUUAAAGUGAUGCAUUGCUAAGAUACAAAUCUUCAUUGUUCAUUCCAUGUUUUUAUAAAACGGUUAGUUGUAUAUAGAACUGAUUAUUUUUUAGGAUAAUUAUUUUAUAAUGUUUUAAUAUAUGAAAACUGACAACUUUGAUAUAAUAUUAAAGAACUUUCCAGAGAUUUUAUCUUAAGUGUGUAUUGAUCUAAAAAGCCAGUUUUGUUAAGUUUUUGUAAAUUUUUCCAUUUCAAUGUAAAUUGUAAGAAAUACAUUAUGUUUGGGCGUUAAAAAUUAUUCAUACAUG